UACAAAGAUAACCACGGAAUACUUGCAUCAUAGAUAUACGACAUAUCCAUUAUUGAAAUCAACGAGAGAUCGUGUCUGUCAUUUGACGCGUUCGUUCUGCGCAUGAUUCGACUGCGCAGGUUCCGUCUGCGCAUGGUUCGACUGCGCAGGUUCCGUCUGCGCACGAUUCGACUGCGCAGGUUCCGUCUGCGCACGAUUCGACUGCGCAGGUUCCGUCUGCGCAUGAUUCGUCUGCGCAUGCGCGUUGUAGCACUACGCAGCAUAUACAGCGGUCUUAUAUUUAGUAUCUCUCGGACCUCCGAUGCGUCGGGUCGCGAAUGCUUAUUUCUUUCAUUUAUAUAUUUUUGUCCACCGUGUAUAUAACCACGAAGUGCUACAAAGUUAGAAGUAAGAAUAGAGGGCCUCCCUGAGCUGCGCAAAACAGUCAUGUGCCGGAAGUAACUUGGUCCUGAUGGAAUUAUUGCGAAAAGAACACGUUCAUCGGAGUAAUUGUUUGUAAUGGCAAUGCUGAAGGCAAAAACGAUCGAUUAUGGCUUUCUAUUUAAACUUUUCGCGAGCGUUUCGUUCAAAGAAAUUACUUCAAAAUCGAGGAGAAAAGUGGCGAAUAAAAAGACACGUAACACCGAUUCGAUUUCAUCGAGCGGUGAUAAACAAUAUGAAUUUUGAGGGUUCCAAGAGAGCAGUUCAGGCUAUUCUGAUCCUUUCUCACAAGCCUAAACGUCAAGUAUGGAUUCAGAAUGACAAAAUCUUGGCGAGAGAUACGGGAACCUAUAGUUUAUUCGAUGCUAUUUUAAUUAUGGCCAGGAUCUUUACGAUAGGAUCUAUCAUCCUUGGAUUAACCGCCGCAUACUUUGUUACUCGUUUUACACACGAACACGUAUUUCCGACAAUUCUACGGAAAAGUAUCGAAUUUCUCGGGCCGAUCUUUAUUAAAUUUGGUCAGUGGGCAUCUACGCGGAAAGAUUUAUUUCCUGAGAAUAUUUGUCAUACGCUUUCGCAACUGCAACGAACCGCGUCUCCUCAUUCCUGGAUCUAUACCAAGGAACUGCUGAAAUCAAUUUAUGGUUCAAAUUGGAAGAAGAUGUUUGUCAGAUUCGAAGAUGAAGAACCAAUAGGAUCAGGAUGUUGUGGUCAGGUAUACAAGGCAUGGAUAGACCCGAAUGCUCGACUGGAAGUAACGCAGAAAUCUGAAAUACCAGCAUUUGUUCAAAUUAUCGAAUAUUUCAAACUCGGCCCGCUCGCUACUUGCAUCGAUAGAAUAUUGAACGGAAACGAUGGAAUGGAACGCGAUGAUGCGAACAAGAAGAAUCUGCAACCGGUAGCAAUAAAAGUUUUGCAUCCUGGAAUUAAAGAGCAAUUGAGGUACGGUAUGAAUUCUCAUCGAUCGAUAUUUAGAUUAUUGUUUAUUCUGCUCUCCCUUUUAUUUAGAAGAGAUCUUUGUAUAAUGAAAGGGAUUUGUAAAUGCAUCACAUACAUAGUGCCACAGUUGCAGUGGCUCAGUUUGACCGACUGCAUAACCGAAUUUUCUCACAUAAUGGAAAAUCAAGUCGACAUGAAUUUGGAGGCUGAGAAUCUAAUUAAAUUUUCAAAUAAUUUUGCCACGAAGAAAGAUGUCGUUUUCCCGCGUCCUUAUACGAAUGUCACGCAGGCCGAGAUACUCGUGGAAAGCUUUCACGAUGGUUCCCCUAUCGCCGAUUAUCUCAGAUACGACGAUACUAAAAUGCAAGAAAAAUUAGCUAAAAUAGGAAUCAAGACGAUUUUAAAAAUGGUAUUUAGCGACAAUUUCAUUCAUUGCGACUUGCAUCCUGGUAAUAUACUGGUGCAAACGAAUACUGAGCCAAGAGGUAAAAUUGGCGCUUGGUUUUGGAAAUUUAUCAACCGCGAUUAUCCUCGUUUGGUCAUUCUCGACUGUGGCUUGGUAGUAUCCUUGAACGAUCGUUGUCGGCAAAAUCUUAAAAAUGUCUUUCGCUCCGUGCUGAUGGGUGACGGCGAAUUGGCAGCGGAAUACAUACUGAAACAUAGUUCGCACAUGUCUCCCGAUCCAGACGGUUUCAAGCGUACGAUAAGAGAUAUCGUGAAUACCCAUCAUCAGAGUAAAAUUAGUGUGAACGUAAGCAGCAUCGUAACCGAACUGUUCAACGCGAUGAUUCGAUAUCGGGUCAAGCAAGAUGGAUCCUUUAGUAGCGUAAUACUGAGCAUGGCAGUGAUCGAAGGUCUCGGACGAAGUUUGGAUCCGAAUAUCGAUAUUUUCACGGAAGUUGUACCGUUUAUUUUUGUGGACCCGAUGUACAACAUUUAAAAAUAUCAUAUAAAAAGAUCGUACGAGAGACGCGUUGUUAAAGGGUCGUGAAAGCGUUAAAAGACAUGGCAGGAUUGCAACGGGUAUUCGCAACAAAACAGAAUUCAGGCGAGUGACCAGUUUGUUCGUGAUCGCUUCCUGGUUGGUUGACCAUCUUCGGUACGCCGAUAUACCAUCCGUGCGCGUGUUUACACGCGCAACUGUUCCGUACCGAUGCACACUGCUGCCCUCGGAUUAUUCCUCAUACGCGUAUACAUACCAUUUGUACACGUGCAUCUUCGGUAACGGGAUCCAUCCGAAUCUUCUGCUGGAACGGUUACAUCGUCAAUUUCCCUGUAGCGAAUUUCAUUCGGUGCGCGUAGCAAACAUUAUCGUACUACGUUCCGUACGAGUAUCUCGUCUCAGUACACAAAAGAAAUUAUCGCGUUCAAUAUUUCUACUGCGCCUCGUAUAGAGAAGGUUGAUCGUUUACGCGGUAAGAGAAAUUACGUGAAAUAAAAUUAAAACGAGCCACUCGUCAGAGCGAUUCGGUGAUUCGUCGUAUCCCACCUCGAAACGCGAACCUGUCUUAUUUGAUUCCGUUCAAAACGAGUUUUGAUCGGCGUAUGUUCACGCUCUUUACAAAUACAUCUACAUCAUGUCCCCCUACUGGAUCUAGUUUGUCCUAUACGAUCUGGUUUGAUGCCGUCUUACCGUACGCUUAUCGAGACAAAAAAAAAAGAAA